AAAUUGUAAAGCUCCGAUAGUUAUUUAUUUUCAUCGUAUAGAUAUGUUGAUAAUAUACAAUCAUGUAGUACGCGCAUGCGCGCAACCCACUUCCUCUUAUUGUUUACAAACAAAAUGAACAAUGCCUCGCACAAAAUCUGUUACGGAAAGUGCCAAAAAAAGAGCAUCAAAGGCCCGAUUUCAGCGGUUUCGCUCGAAAUUUAUUAAUCUUGGCGAUGAGACUGACCGAUGGAAUAAUCUCAAAAGCAUCCUUGGAACAGAUGAAGACUGUGUUGUGGCCAAAACACUUAUCGAAUGCUAUUUGGAAACACAUGCUGGCCCAACCAUUGAAAGUUUGACUGUCAAGCACAGUGUGGGUACAGAAAGCUCGACACCCAUGCACGGUCACAGUCAUCAGGUGCCACCAGAUCCUGGCCUAUCUUCUUUGUCAGAAGGAAGCGACACACCUGGUGAACUGUCAGGAAUUGGAGGGGGCAUAUCAGACUUUGAAGUGGCUGGGCCAUCAGGUAUAAGCUUCAAAAGGAAAAGUACAACUGCUCCAGACAAACCAACCAAGGUCAAAAUAGUUGAAAAGGCAACAGAAAGAAAAGAAGUGUCCAAAAGAACUGCUCGGGUGGAAGUUGAUUGGCCAAGCUCCGGCAUGGAAGACAUAUAUGAUCCGGACUACGAUCCAGAUGAUCCCACUUAUCAUCCAACUGACUUUGACUUAUCAAUUGUUCAGUCAGAUGAUGAGGCAGUUGAUGAGGCUGGUGUUGUUGACGCAGUGUUUGACAUAGACUGUGACGAUGACUUUGAGGAUGAUUCUCAAGUAAUCGGUUCUGAAAAACCUCUAGAUGAGGUGACAGAGGAGGACAUGAUUGAGGAUAAUUAUAUCGUGAGCAGACACUGCCUCAACCAGCUUCUCGAUAUGCUGCCGUUCAAGCACUGUUCCAAGUGUGGGAAGACUGCCACUCAUAGAACAAAGACUGUUGGGUGUACUAUCAUUGUCAUUUGGACUUGUGAAGACGGGCAUGUUCUACACAGAUGGCAGAGCUCUGCAGUUCUACCAAAUGGAAUGUUUAUCAAUAACUUCCAAGCCUCAGCCUCCAUUCUGCUCUCUGGCAACAAUUAUGAAAAAGUUCGCUUGUUUGUGAAGUUCCUUGGUCUGAAAUUUCCAAGCCAAACUUCAUUUCAUAGGGUGCAAAACAAAUAUGCAGUACCAGUAGUAAACCAGUACUGGUCAGAUCUGAGGGCAAGUGUUGCAGAGGAACACCGUGCUGUGAGCAUUGUUGUGUCAGGAGAUGGGCGGAUGGACAGUCCCGGAUAUUGUGCCAAGUACUGCACAUACACUGUUAUGAACCAGGAAGACAAGAAAAUUUUUGCCCUAGAAGUUGUCGAUAAGAGGGAAACUGACUUGAAGUCUGGUCUGAUGGAGGCAAAGGGCUUUGCUAAGGCCAUGGCAACUCUGCAAGCAGAUGGUAUUGAACUGAAAGAGAUUGUUACAGAUGCUCACCCACAGAUUUCGGCUAUCAUGAGAAAGUCCUAUCCAAAGACCCGGCACAGUUAUGACAUGUGGCAUGGGGCAAAGAACUUGGGAAAGAAACUGAGCAGUAUUGCCCUGGCAAAAGGUAACGAAGCAUUAAAGCCAUGGCUGAAGGACAUCACAAACCACUUCUUUCAUAGUGCAGAAACCUGUGGUGGCAAUGCAUUGGAAAUGAAGACAAAAUGGUUGUCAGUUAUCAAUCAUGUGACGAACAGACAUACGUGGGCUCUCGGGCAGUGCGAUCAUGAGCCGAUAGUUGAGGACGAGCGGGAUCUUGAAGAAAAACAAUGGCUUAAACCCGCAAGCAUGGCUGUCAAGGAUCUACAAAAGACUGUGAUGGAACCCAGACUGCUGAAGACCUUUCCAUACUACGUCACAUGCCAAACAACAUCAGAACUGGAGAUGUUCAAUAACCAUUUGCUGAUGUAUGCACCAAAAAGAAAUGCUUUUGGUUAUGCAGGAUACAAGUGCAGAUGUCAACUAGCAGCAAUCGAUUAUACGCACCACGUUGAUAGACAAACACUGGUUGACAAAGAUGGCAAGACAAGAGUAAGGCGUGUGCAUUCCAAGGCAGCUAACAACUGGACGGUGGUACCUGUUAAAGAAAAGAAGCAAUACAAGUACAUCCCAGGCUUGCUUUCAAGGAUUUGCAUGGAGUAUAUUCAGAUAAACAAGGAAAAUCCACUGAGAUCGAAGUUCCGUGUUGAUCCAGAUGAUCCUAAGAAAAUUGCCUCGACAAUCGCCCAAUGUCCACCUCCACCAACAGCCGAGCUGCGGGAAACCAAGAGAUCCAGGAUCAAGGUCAAGCAAGCGAGCAAAAAAUUUGCUGAUUAGCUUUCAGAAAUCAAAGGACAUUUUGUGAUUUGGCAUCAGUGUUAAUAUGUGAGCUUGAAAGAUUAGUAACCCUGGCUGCUGAGUUUGUAUUGUCAGUAGAUGAUGUGACUUAAUAUGAAGCAUUAUGUUUCUGUUAUAAUUAUUUAAUACUAGUGUUACUAGAUACUAAUGUUAAACAAAGAAAUGAAUUAACAUUGUGAGCAAUACUAUGAACAGCUCGGACAACAGUCCUCAACCAGACAAGUACAGCAGUUAAAUAAUAAUUCUACAUUCAGAUUGCAUACUCCAUUAAAAUAGUAUCAUUUACUGAUCAAUAAACAAAAAAAAUAAAUAAGUAUCUUCAAAUUUAGAUAUUAUCUUAAGCGAUGCUUUACUGUCAAUAAAGGGUACCUGUUUCCAUGAUAAUGUUUGUAUAGUUCAAGUGUAUAUAUUUUCGUGAGUUGUGUAAAGUUUGUAUGCGAGACUCUUGGUCAAAUAUUGUUUAGUGUUUUCAGGACUUUUGGUCACGAGUCAUAACUAUGAACAUGAAUUGCAUACUCUUCAGCUGUCAUAGUCAAUUAUGAGUGCCAGUUUCAAAUUAUAUGUAUGCCCCCCUUCGAAGAAAGGGGGUAUAUUGUUUUGCACAUGUCGGUCGGUCCGUCCGUUGUUCCUUCCACCAGAUUGUUUCUGAAGAUAACUGAAGAACGCUUACGCCUAGGAUCAUGAAACUGACAGCCCAUAUGGGGGCAUGUAUGUUUUACAAACAGCCCUUGUUAUUACUUGUCUACACAGACGGAGUUUUCCAUAAAUAAUGACAUUAAAGCAUAAUGCGUUAUGUAGAUACUGUUUUUUACAUUGUUUAUCAGCAGAUAAACAACCAUUUAUUGUGAGCAUAAACAUUUAAGCUGGAGUCAUUAAUAGUCUUACAUAGAGAUGAUAAAAAUAAGCCGCGAUGGGAUGAUGUGUCUCCUAAGCAAGCAAGAGGUCACGGGUUCAAUUGCCACUUUGGGAGCGUUCUUUAGAUCUCUGCCAUAGACACAAAGUACUGGUUCUACCCAGAAAUCAGACUUUAUAGCGUUUCAAUAAUCCUUAAGCUUCUGAUGCAAUAAAGCUUUCAUUGUAAGAUUUAAAACUUAUAGCGGUAACUACAGACAAUACAGUGUUGUUCAUUCAAAGAUAAAUAACAAAUGGAGAUUAAAGUUUGUUGUGUUUUUUUUAAUCCGGAAAAUAGUUCGGAAGAGAAAACUUUAUUUAUCCUAUUUUCCCUUGACAAUAGUUAUUGUUUUGAGUGUAUUAUGUUAUGAUUUUGUGUUGUAAUUAUUGGUCAAAAUAUAUAAAUAAAAGACAUAAAGAAAUGAGAA